ACUCGAGCAAGCUUUAAGGAACUAGCCGUGAGCAGCAAGCAAAGGGUAGCGGAGCUCCGAUGCUCUCCGAUUUCAUCAACCGCGGAGACGAUAAGAACGGGAGACGAGGCGAGGCUUUGGUUUACCGAGACAGAAAUAUUCCCUCCGAGUAGACAAAGGGAAGCCCGUGAGAGAGCCGUGUGUGUGUGUGUGUGUGUGUGUGUGUGUGUGUGUGUGUGUGUGUUUCCUGCGGGCUGCUGCUGUACAGGACAGGGCGGGGCGGGGUGAUGUUUAGGUUCCGGUAUAAAGGCAGCGAGAAAAUGGGAACCAGACGAGAUGUGGAGCCCGCUGCCGAAGCUGUUGUUUCAUACCGGAGACUAGAAUGAGAAGUGGACCGUCCUGGUUUAACAGGGCGGCGGUGUAACCGUGUGGGGAGGCCGCUGGGCAGGCAGAGGAGAAGCGCCCCUCCGCCCCUUGUACGUCAAUAAGAUGAGGACGCUAUUUACGUUAUUCUGCUGUGUCUUCCUUAUUACCGGCGGAGCAGACCGGGCCACCGGGAACCUAACCGUCGACAGCAGUAACGACACCAGCCUGACGGCCGACAGCAGCAGCAGGUAUAUCGCGAUCGGCGACGGGUCUUCGCAGGAGUUUGAGUUUCCUGAAAACACCAACGGAGUGAUUGUGAUCUCCAGCCAGUACCGGAGCGCUGCUGCGAGCAGGAAGGGCCGCCAGAGCUGGAAGCAGACGGUAACAGUCCGCUCCCUGGACCCGGAGGUCCUCUCCAUACUUAAUGUGACGGAUAGCGGCCACGCAGGGCCGGCCAAGAGCUACAUUAUCAGCAUCCGCUCCGGGUUCCCAGGCAGGGCUCAGUUACAGAUCCAGCUGCUGGACCUGGACCAGGACUCGGUGCCCGUUCUGGUCGAAGAGAGGACGGAUUACUCCAUCAGAGUGGCGCCUGGUACCGAUGACCCGGCCACCCGGCUCGUCCAGUCGGGUGGCCUGUCCCAUUUCUCUGAGAACCCCGUGCUGUUUGCCCUGCUGCCCCUCAUCUUCGUCAACAAGUGUGCGUUUGGGUGCAAAGUGGAAGUGGAGGUUCUGCGGGGUCUGCUGAGGAGACCCGUGCCACUGCUGCUCGGGGUGCUGGGUCAGUUCCUGGUGAUGCCGUUGUAUGCCUACUGUGUAUCCCGGCUGGCCUCGCUGCCCAAAGCGCUCUCCCUGGGCCUGGUCAUCACCUGCUCUGCCCCGGGGGGCGGCGGGGGCUACCUGUACAGCCUGCUGCUCGGAGGAGACGUCACCCUGGCUAUCUCCAUGACCCUGGUGUCCACGGUGGUGGCGGCGGCCGCCAUGCCUCUGUCAUCCGCUCUGUAUGGUCGGCUCCUGGGCGUGCACGCUGCCCUGCACGUGCCCUUUGUGAAGAUCCUCGGCACCCUCCUGUUCAUCGCCAUCCCCAUCUCGCUGGGCAUGCUGGUCAAGCUGCGCCUGCCCGCCCUCACACGCGUCCUGCUGGCUCUCAUACGACCCUUCAGCUUCGCGCUCAUCGUGGGGGGCAUCUUCAUGGCCUACCAAAUGGGCGCGUCCAUCCUGGCCAACGUCAAGCCCCAGAUCGUGGCAGUAGGGGUGACCGUGCCUUUACUGGGGCUGUUGGUUGGGGCCAUCAUGGCCAAGCUGGCAGGUCUGGCCCCAGCGCUGAGGAAGACGGUCAGCAUCGAGGUGGGGGUCCAGAACAGCCUGCUGGCUCUCGCCGUCAUGCAGCUGUCCUUCCGCCGGGUGGAGGCGGACUUUGCGUCCCAGGCGCCCUUCAUCGUGGCCCUCAGCAGCACCUCGGAGAUGCUGCUCAUAGUUGUGGGGUACUACGCCCAGCGGAAGUUGUGUGGGUCUGUCGUCCCCAGGAGUGACGCCUGAUUGUAGCCACAGUUCUUUUUGUUUUUGUCAGGGGCAUCGGACUGGGGGGGGGGGGAAGGGGACUGAGUACCCAGGGCCCUCAAGUGAGGAGGGCCCAAAAAGAUGCUAGAAUGAAUAGCUGUGGAUGCAGGGAGGGGCCCGUAGAAAAUGCCUUUCUACAGGGCCCAGAGUUUUGUGCUACGCCCCUGGUUUUUGUUAAGAACUUUUUGAAGAAUGAAGUCUUUAAAACCUGUGGAAAUGUUGUGUCCCGGUCUUGGCUACGAGACCCCCAACAAUCACCGAUCCAGUCAUCACUGUUGGUGGUACACAGGACAGUGAAUGGACUUUUUGUGUUUUUCCGUUUUUUGUUUUCGUAUUUUUCAUGAAAACCAAAGGCCUUUUACCCCCUUCUGAGACCUUUUUUGUGUGUUUAUUUUACAGUAUGUACUUUUUAAAAUCAGAUUAUACUGUGAGGUACUCAAUGUAAAUAUUCCUAAGAAGAGACAUACCUAUAAAAGAAAAGCUAUUUUUCUACCAGAUUACUUUUUGUAAUCAAAAAGCAAAGAUUGAUUUGCAUCAUGUUUACAAGAGGUCCAUGUGUCUUAGCCUGGGGGAGAAUUUUGGGGUUAAAUGGAAUCGUUUGGGAAUCAAACAGGAACAUGAUGAUGAUUAUGAAAGUAUUUGCUACUGAUUGUGUUUUCCUGGAUCUGCGAAUCCAUGUACUUGAAUAUGGGAGAGGAGAAAUGAAGAAAAAGUAAAUAAAAACAUUGUUAAAGCAGG